UCCAAUUUCCAACUUCUUCACCUCGCCCACUUGAUUCGAGUUCUACUCUCCAGAUCUCGCCGUCGCGCUCCGCCGCCUCCGCGUUGGCGUCGUCGUCGUCGUCUUCCCGUCUCCGGCGGAUGCCUCCUCCCAAACCCUAAGCCGCCCACCCCGCCAAAACCCUAGAUCCCGCGCCCCGGGGCCCCGCCGCCAUGGAUUCCGCCGCGUCCGGGCCUCGCCACGGCCGCCUCCUCAUCUCGCCGUCGCUCUCCUCCCCGACCUUCUCCACCAGCUCGCCCUCCCGGUCCCCGGCACCGCAGCACGACCGCCGCAACUCCACCUCGUCGCCGCAGCCGCUCCUCCCCUUCCCAUCGCCUACCUCUAGGUCUCGCUCCUCCGGCGGCGGCGGAGGCGGCGCCGGGGGCCCCCGUGCAGCGGGGACGGCCGCCUCGCCGCCGGCCUUCGCGCACAACGCGCGCGUCGCGGCCGCGCUCGCGCCCGCCGCGGCCUUCCUGCUCGACCUCGGCGGGCUGCCCGUGUUCGCUGUCCUCGCCGUCGGCCUCGCCGCCGCGUACCUCCUCGACGCGCUCCGGCUCCGCCAGGGGGCCUUCUUCACCGUCUGGGCCGCGCUCAUCGCCGCUGACGUGGCGUUCUUCUUCUCGGCCUCCCUCUCGUCCGCCGCGUCCGCCUCGCUGCCGCUCACCGUGCUCGCGCUCCUCCUCUGCGCCGAGACCUCCUUCCUCAUCGGCGUCUGGGCGUCCCUCCAGUUCCGUUGGAUCCAGCUGGAGAACCCGACCAUCGUCGCCGCGCUCGAGCGGCUCCUCUUCGCCUGCGUGCCUAUCGCGGCGCCUGCAAUAUUCACAUGGGCUGUUGUGUCCGCGGUCGGCAUGGCCAACGCCUCCUACUACUUUGCCACGUUCACCAUGGUCUUCUACUGGCUGUUCUCCAUACCUCGGCCGUCAAGCUUCAAGAACCGAAAGCAGGACUCUCCAUGGCAGGAUACUGACGGCAUUCUUGGCCCCUUGGAGAGCUGUGUGCAUGCGCUGUAUCUGUUGUUCGUGCCAGUGUUGUUCCAUGCUGCAUCCCACCAUGCUACGCUCUUCGCAUCGUGGACCAAUGUGUGUGAUCUGCUGCUGCUGUUCUUUGUACCAUUCUUGUUCCAACUUUAUGCUUCCACACGUGGUGCGCUGUGGUGGAUUACCAGGGAUGCACAGACAAUGGAUCAGAUAAGGAUGGCAAAUGGCUUGGUUGCGCUGGUUGUAGUGGUGCUUUGCCUUGAGGUUCGAGUUGUAUUUCACUCUUUUGGAAGGUAUAUUCAUGCUCCACCACCUCUGAACUACCUUCUUGUAACGGUCACAAUGCUUGGCGGUGCUUUGGGUAUGGCAGCGCAUGCUGCGGGCAAGGUUGGAGAUGCUGUUAGCUCGGUGGCCUUUACAGGGUUAGCAGUGCUUGUCAGUGGAGCAGGUGCUGUAGUCAUCGGAUUCCCUGUUACGUUCCUUCCGCUUCCAAUGAUUUCUGGUUAUUAUGCAGCAAGGUUCUUUACUAAGAAAAGCUUAUCAUCAUACUUCACCUUUGUGGCAAUAGCAAGCAUGAUGGUCCUUUGGUUUGUAGUCCAUAAUUAUUGGGAUCUGAAUAUUUGGAUUGCUGGCAUGCCAUUGAAGUCAUUCACCAAGUAUGUUGUUGCAGCUGUAAUCAUGGCAAUGACUGUUCCUGGUUUGGCUCUUCUCCCAACGAAUCUGCGGUUUCUUGUAGAACUUGGUCUUACUGGUCAUGCAAUAUUGCUGUGCUACAUUGAGAACCGAUUGUUCAACUAUGCUACCAUGUACUACUUUGGAUUUGAAGAUGAUAUCAUGUAUCCUAGCUAUAUGGUUUUGAUUACAACCUUUUUGGGAUUAGCUCUUGUAAGAAGAUUAUCUGUUGAUCAGAGAGUUGGGCCUAAAGCUGCUUGGAUCUUGACUUGUCUUUAUUCUUCAAAAUUAUCAAUGUUAUUUAUCACAUCAAAAUCGGUGCUAUGGGUUUCAGCUGUCUUGCUACUUGCUGUUACUCCACCCUUGCUUCUUUACAGAGACAAGUCAAAAGGGGCUUCAAAGAUGAAAGUUUGGCAAGCUUAUUUCCAUGCAUCUGUAGUAGCCUUUUCUGCAUGGCUUUGCCGGGAAACAAUCUUCGAAGCUUUACAGUGGUGGAAUGGAAAGCCUCCUUCAGAUGGCCUGCUUUUGGGUUCCUAUAUUCUGUUGACAGGCGUUGCUUGCAUACCAAUAGUUGCUCUCCACUUCCCUCAUGCUCAGUCAGCCAAGAGGUUCCUAGUGCUGGUUGUGGCUACAGGGCUUCUUUUUGUUAUCAUGCAGCCACCUAUUAAACUUUCAUGGGUAUAUCGGUCAGAGUUUAUCAAAGCAGCACAUCUAUCUGAUGAUGACACUUCAAUAUAUGGUUUUAUAGCAUCCAAGCCCACAUGGCCAUCAUGGCUGCUCAUUGCAACAGUGGUACUCACGUUAGCUGCAGUUACAUCCAUUAUCCCUGUGAAGUAUGUUGUCGAGUUGAGGGCUUUGUAUGCAUUGGGGGUUGGAAUUACACUUGGCAUCUACAUAUCUGUUCAGUACUUCUUCCAGGCAGUUGUUCUGUAUCCUCUUCUUGUUGCAACAAUUGUCUCGGCUGCAGUCUUCAUAGUAUUCACACAUCUUCCAUCUGAAUCCAGUACAAGGGUUUUGCCAUGGGUGUUCUCUUUGUUGGUAGUUUUGUUUCCAGUCACAUAUCUUCUUGAAGGACAUCUAAGAGCUAAAAAUUUUGUGGAUGAUGAGGAAGCAGAGAAUUUCACCAACAUGUUGGCUAUAGAAGGGGCCAGAAUGUCACUGUUGGGUCUCUAUGCUGCCAUUUUCAUGAUUAUUGCAUUAGAAAUUAAGUUUGAACUGGCUUUGCUACUGCGUGAGAAAGCUGUGGACAGAGGUGUAACACAUGGUCCACCUGGUCGGAGCUCUGCCUUUCCACCCAAAGCCAGACUACUCCAGCAGCGAAGAGCUCAUGCUGCUCCAACCUUCACUAUCAAGAGAUUGGCAGCAGAGGCAGCUUGGAUGCCUGCGAUUGGCAAUUUUUCAACUGUGUUGUGCUUCAUCAUCUGCCUUAUUCUCAAUAUAACUCUUACUGGUGGCUCAAAUCGUGCUAUUUUUUUCCUGGCACCUAUCCUUCUGCUUUUAAACCAGGAUUCAGACAUCUUUGCAGGAUUUGGUGACAGGCAACGUUACUUCCCUGUAGCAAUCUCUAUUUCAGUUUAUUUAAUAUUGACAGCAUUGUAUAGGAUAUGGGAGGAGACAUGGCCUGGCAAUGGAGGGUGGGCACUUGAUAUUGGGGGUCCAGGCUGGUUCUUUGCUGUGAAAAACAUUGCCCUUCUCAUGCUCACAUUACCUAAUCACAUACUCUUCAAUCGCUUCAUGUGGGAUUAUGUCAGGCAGACAGACGCAAAGCUACUUCUGACUCUACCCCUCAACUUGCCAUCAAUUAUAAUGCCAGACAUACUUACUGUGCGGGUAUUAGGAUUGUUGGGUGCUAUUUAUUCUCUAUCACAGUACGUUAUAUCAAGGCGGAUAAGACUUGCCGGGAUGAAAUACAUUUAAACUAGGACAUGCAACUUCUUUUGAGGCUUUAAACCAUACAGCGGCAAUUGUUUUCAAAGGCUCUUGCUUGAAGUCACCUUUGCCGGGUGAGUUGGAAACAAAAAAUUGCCGUGAAGCAGAGAAAAACAAUGGUCAAUAGUCGUCAUCAGUUUUGUACUAGAUGAUCCUUAUACUGGUAAAAACCUAAGGUGUUGUAGUAUAAUGUUACUGAACUCACCUUGGGUCUUCUGAGCUUGUGACCAUACAGCAGUUUAUGUCGAUACUUUCUUUUUAUGAGAGCCUCACCAGAACUGACUUGAGAAUCUGUGUAGAUUCAUUCGUUAUCCGAGAAACUAAAUUCUGAAUGACAGGGUAAUGUUCGCCA